AUGACUGUCUUUGGAGGGAGCCCCACGCCAGACCUCGUGCGCCCGCAUAAACUUGAAGGCUCUAAGUGCAGAGGGCAGCUUUUGAUUUUUGGGGCGACCAACUGGGACCUCAUUGGUCGGAAGGAAGUGCCUAAACAGCAAGCUGCUUACCGCAAUCUGGGCCAGAACUUGUGGGGACCACACAGAUACGGCUGCCUGUCCGGGGUUCAGGUGCGCACUGUGGUCUCUGGCCCCUGUGCCGCCCACAGCCUCCUCAUCACCACAGAAGGAAAGCUCUGGAGCUGGGGUCGAAACGAGAAGGGGCAGCUUGGACAUGGCGAUACCAAGAGAGUGGAAGCCCCCAAACUCAUCGAGGUCCUCAGCAAGGAAGUGAUUGUGUCUGCUGCAUGCGGGAGGAACCACACUCUGGCUUUGACAGAGACUGGCUCCGUUUUUGCAUUUGGAGAGAAUAAGAUGGGGCAGCUGGGCCUUGGCAAUCAGACUGAUGCUAUCCCCAGCCCUGCACAGAUAAUGUACAAUGGCCAGCCAAUUACCAAAAUGGCCUGCGGGGCAGAAUUCAGCAUGAUAAUGGACUGCAAAGGAAACCUCUACUCCUUUGGGUGCCCUGAAUAUGGCCAGCUGGGACACAAUUCUGAUGGGAAAUUCAUUGCCCGGGCUCAGAGGAUAGAAUAUGAUUGCGAGCUGGUCCCUCGCCGCGUAGCCAUCUUCAUUGAAAAGACGAAAGAUGGACAGAUUUUGCCAGUUCCCAACGUGGUGGUCCGAGAUGUGGCCUGUGGCACCAAUCACACGCUGGUUCUGGACUCCCAGAAACGCGUUUUCUCGUGGGGGUUCGGAGGCUACGGCCGCCUGGGCCACGCGGAGCAGAAGGACGAGAUGGUCCCCCGCCUGGUGAAGCUCUUCGAUUUCCCCGGCCGCGGGGCCGCCCAGAUCUACGCCGGCUACACCUGCUCCUUCGCCGUCAGCGAAGUUGGUGGUCUGUUCUUUUGGGGUGCUACCAAUACUUCUAGGGAGUCCACCAUGUAUCCCAAAGCUGUUCAGGACCUGUGUGGCUGGAAAAUUAGAAGCUUAGCUUGUGGGAAGAGCAGUAUUAUCGUGGCUGCGGACGAGAGCACCAUCAGCUGGGGCCCUUCUCCGACCUUCGGUGAAUUGGGCUACGGCGAUCACAAGCCCAAGUCUUCCACCGCGGCCCAGGAGGUGAAGACCUUGGACGGCAUUUACACAGAGCAGGUCGCCAUGGGCUACUCACACUCUCUGGUGAUCGCCAGGGACGAGAGCGAGACUGAGAAAGAAAAGCUAAAAAAGCUCCCGGAGUACAAUCCGCGCACCCUCUCCUGAUGCCGCGCAGCCAGGCUGCCGCGGGCUCUGCAGGCCACUCCAUGUGCACUGGGACACAAAGAAGGCGGAUGAGAAGAAGAGGCGACACGGCGAAAAGGUGGCCGAAGCUCCUGUUUGUUAGUCUUCCCGAGGUUCCGUUUUAUAAGCAAAUUCAACGUUUACUACCUUUUUACUGUACGAUUUCCAAAGCGUUUCUCGCUCCCUUUCUCUCUUUCUUCCCUCCCCCAUCCCAAAUGUUUAAUUAAAAUAUUUGCUCGUA